UGUUUUCGAAUGCCUGCAAUUAUACUCGCGUAUUCAUAUGUGUGCACAUGUAACAAGAAGAACUGGGGUUCUUGAUCUGAACUCCAAUUUGAACUGCAUAUUUGUGAAGAUCCGAACUUCCGCUAGUGGGUUUUACUUAGUUUGAUGUGGGUUUUUGACCCGCUGUUUCUUUUUGGUGAAAGUGGUUGAAGAGAUUCAGAGUUGCGAGGGAAGGAGAAACCCUAGAUUCUCACUUCUGAUGAGUGGAGUUCUGGGUUCUUGACUGGCGUGCGUUUGUCAUUGUAAAGAGUUUGAUGUCAAAGCUAUUACUUCUUACGUUAGGAUGAUCUUUGAUGGAUAAUGGUGAUACAAAACUAAGUGCAGGAGUGUCUACUAGGCUGGGCCAAUGGUGGGAAGGCAUUCCAUUCCUUACUUCAUCAGUGGUCAUUGUAUGUGGAAUUAUAUACUUGGUUUGUCUUUUGGUUGGAUAUGAUUCCUUUGCUGAAGUAUGCUUCUGGCCGUCUGCUGUUAUUUCGCGAUUUCAAGUUUAUAGGAUUUAUACCUCCAUCCUUUUUCAUGGUUCUCUGCUGCAUGUUCUAUUCAACAUGAUGGCUUUGGUUCCUCUGGGCUCGGAGCUGGAGAGAGUUAUGGGGUCUGUCCGCCUGCUGUACAUGAUAAUUCUAUUGGCUACUAGCAAUGCUGUAUUUCAUCUUCUUAUAGCAGUAUUGGUAGCCCACAACCCCUUUCGUCCUCACCCAUAUCUGAUGAAUGAAUGUGCUAUAGGCUUCUCAGGGAUCUUAUUUUCUAUGAUAGUUAUAGAGACAAGUUUAAGUGGAGCUCAAUACAGAAGCAUGUUUGGACUAUUUAAUGUGCCUGCUAAAUGGUAUGCAUGGAUCUUAUUGGUAGUCUUCCAGCUUCUCAUGACAAAUGUCUCUUUACUUGGUCACCUCUGUGGCAUUUUGUCUGGAUUUGCCUAUACAUAUGGGCUAUUCAAUUUCCUACUGCCUGGAACAUCUUUCUAUUCUGCCAUUGAAUCCUCCUCCUGGCUUUCGGCUUGCGUGAGGAGACCGAAGUUUAUAUUAUGCACUGGUGGCAACCCUUCAGGCUACAUCCCUACUUAUUCAAGUCAAAAUACAACAUCCAGUGGUUUGCUAUCUGGGAAUAUAUGGAGGAACCUUUCUUCAUGGAUGCCUCAAAGACAAACAUCUGCACAGUCAACAGAAGAUAGUAGCAGGUUUCCUGGGACAGGGAGAACACUUGCUUCUGCUCGAAGUCAAACAGCUUCCACUGUGACUUCUGAUUCGAGCCUACAGGCUAGACUCUUGGAUAAUAGUAGCAUCACCAGCCAUCCAUUAGAGCGAACAGCAAGUGGUGCCAACCAGCAGAUUGUCAAUGGAAGGCAGUCACCAGUAGGUGGUCCAACAGCAACUACCGGAGGCAUUGCACGCCAGCAGGGAUAUGUUGUCUCUGAAGAAGAAAUCCAAACGCUUGUAGCAAUGGGUUUUGAGAGGACGCAGGUAGAAGUUGCUGUGGCAGCUGCUGAUGGGGAUUUAGAUGUAGCAGUGGAGAUCCUUAUGACCCAACAAGGGUGAAUCUGAAAGCUGACUUCCAUUUGCAAAGGUCUAACAUGGGCUGAGUUAUAUUGUACGUCCCAAUAUCAGGGCACUGUAUAUGGUUUAUAGCCAGCCAGUCUCAACAAUCUUUUAAUAGCUAGCCAGGGAAUUGCUGGUGUUUAUAUGCAUUUGAAUUAAUUUCAAUCAUCAGAAAAACAGCAGUGUUGUCAGCA